AUGUCUCUUCCAGUAACCGCUCCUCGGCUGCUAUUCACCUUGACGCCAUUUCUAUAUCCGUGUCUCAGUGUAGCGCGCGUGCCCAAGCCGAGACAGCUCUGCAACAUCCGUCGCUGUCUGCACACUACGCCUUCCAGGAAAUUAGACGCAGCUACUCAGGAAGACGCCUCGAGGCCGCCCAUCGAUGUUGACCAAUACAACCAUCUGGACCCCGUACCACGAGACUACUCGGCGCAACCUUUCACGGAUGCAUGCGCGCUGACUGUGAGCGCCGGAGCGGGAGGCCAUGGAUGCGUGUCCUUCUUGCGAGAAAAGUACAUUCCCAAUGGACCGCCUAAUGGAGGAGAUGGUGGAACAGGUGGCUCCGUAUACAUACAGGCGGUUAGAGGCGAAACUUCCCUGCACAAGAUCGCAAGAAGAGGCAUUUUGAAAGCCGGGAGGGGGAAAAAUGGCCAGGGAACAUCACGAGGCGGCGCGAGAGGUGAGGAUUUAUUGCUUACAGUCCCGGUCGGUACAGUGGUCAGGGAGGUGUGGCGAGUAGAUCCCAUCGAGGUGGAGCAUGCGCGACAGGAUGCCGAAGCUGCAAAGAACUAUGGAAAAAUCAAAGAGGCGGAUGCAGAUGCAGAGGACGGCACUGAACAAAACGGCGAGUUUCGCCGCGACAAAUGGCUCAUAUACCCAGGGACAUUGCCAAAGGCGUUCAGUGUCGCUGACUUUCCCGCUACGCCUAAGCCGAGACGAAGUCAUUUGACUUCACUGCAGCCUCCAACUCCGCUGCGGCUAGACCUGGACAAACCUAUGGAAACUCCAAUGCUCUUGGCCGCUGGGGCCAUGGGAGGUUUGGGAAACCCGCAUUUUGUCACCAAGACCUUGCCUCGUCCCAAGUUCUCUACAAAGGGCGAGGAUGGUAUGAGAAUUCAUCUACAGCUGGAGCUAAAGCUCCUCGCUGACGUUGGACUUGUCGGGUUGCCCAACGCUGGCAAGUCAACGCUUCUCCGUGCCGUGACGAAGUCAAGAACUAGAGUUGGCAAUUGGGCAUUCACUACUCUCAGCCCUAACAUCGGGACUGUAAUUCUCGAUUCCCACACAGGCCGACCGUCGCUGGACACCAAGGGUCGACGUAAGGAGCCGCGCACGCAAUUCACGAUCGCGGACAUUCCGGGUCUCAUCGAAGAUGCUCAUCUCGACCGCGGACUCGGACUUGGCUUCCUCCGCCACAUCGAACGAGCGGCAGUGCUGGCAUUCGUCGUUGAUCUCAGUGCUCGGGACGCGGUCGCAGCAUUGAAAUCGCUUUGGCGUGAAGUCGGCGAGUACGAAAAGCUACGUGACCAAGAGCUCAAUGCGGAGACUCAGAGGCUCUAUCCAGGAGAAGAGGGUGGUGUAGUGCCCUUCAAGCCAUUUGAGACGUCAAUAUCAGAUGACGAUGACCCUUUCGCUGAUGGGGAGUUGGGUGUCGAAGUGUCCGCUCCGGAUGGUCGCAUACUUCCACCAUUGUCGCUGCCGCCAAUCACCAGCAAGCCUUGGUUUGUCGUGGCCACCAAGGCAGAUCUUCCAGGGACCGAGGAGAACUACUUGAAUCUCCAAAGCUAUUUGAAAGACGUGGAGAGCGGCCAGCAGGAGCAUCCCAGCGGAAAGCAGAACGCGUGGCGCAGGACAAUGCAUUCUCUCCCUGUUUCUGCCAUCAACAAGCAGGGUGUGUCUGGGCUGCCAGAAGUAAUACUCAGUCUGCUCAAUGAUUGA